UCCCUUAAUCCAUCCAACGUGAUCGCAUGCUCGCUCGGUCGCUCCUCCAAACGCAUACAAACCAUAAACCCCACAAAUUCCCCUUUUCCAUUUCCCAUUUUCCCGAAUCACAAACCGGGUCACGAUAUGGAUCAGGUUCUUACAGUUAUGGUAAUUUCGGUUCUGCUCGGCGCUGUAAUCGCCCUCUCCUUCUUCACGAGCUACUUUGGCAAGCGAAGAUCAGAGGUCCAGUCUAUCGCGAAAGCGGAGUCCCAGUCGGAUCCGAAGAAGCACCAGAGGCCUCCUCAACCCAAGAAGUCUCACUCCAAAGCUCACUCCCAUUCUGCCGCUGACAAGGAUCAAAACAAACGGCAUCAUCCAUUGGAUUUGAAUACUUUGAAGGGUCAUGGCGAUUCGGUCACUGGGAUAUGUUUUUCCUUUGAUGGGCGAAGUUUGGCAACAGCUUGCGCUGAUGGAGUGGUCAGGGUGUUCAAGUUGGAGGAUGCUUCAAGUAGAGGCUUCAAGUUUCUGAGAAUUAAUUUGCCUGCUGGGGGCCAUCCAACAGCAGUUGCAUUCUCCGAUGAGGUGUCAUCUAUAGUUGUUGCUUCUCAGACACUUACCGGUUCUUCUUUAUACAUGUAUGGAGAGGAAAAGCCCAAAGCUUCUAAUGAAACUAAACAACAACCCAAGCUUCCUCUGCCAGAAAUUAAAUGGGAACAUCACAAAGUCCAUGAGAAAAGAGCUAUUCUGACUCUUGUUGGAACCACUGCAAGCUUUGGAAGUGCUGAUGGAAGUACAAUUCUUGUUUCUUGUUCAGAAGGCACUGAUAUCAUGCUUUGGCAUGGAAGAACUGGGAAGAUUUUGGGAAAUGUUGAUACAAAUCAGUUGAAAAAUAACAUGGCUGCCAUAUCACCAAAUGGGCGUUUUAUUGCUGCUGCAGCUUUUACUGCAGACGUGAAGGUCUGGGAAAUUGUAUACUCAAAGGAUGGUUCAGUCAAGGAGGUUUUAAAGGCUAUGCAGCUUAAAGGGCAUAAGAGUGCAGUAACUUGGUUAUGCUUCUCUCCUAACUCAGAGCAAAUCAUCACAGCUUCCAAAGAUGGUUCAGUUAGAAUUUGGAAUAUCAAUGUUCGGUAUCAUCUUGAGGAGGAUCCAAAGACUCUGAAGGUGUUUCCGAUUCCACUUCAUGACUCAAGUGGUGCUACUUUACACUAUGAUCGUCUCUGUAUAUCCCCUGAUGGAAGGAUAUUGGCAGCAACCCAUGGUUCGACAUUGCAGUGGUUAUGUAUAGAAUCUGGGAAGGUUUUGGACACAGCUGACAAAGCACAUGAUGGUGACAUCACAUGCAUCUCAUGGGCACCUAUGACCAUUCCUAUGGGAGAUGGACAAGUUUUGGUUUUAGCAACGGCCAGUGUUGACAAGAAAGUGAAGUUGUGGGCGGCUCCAUCAACCCACUGAUCCUAAAGGAAUCGGGAAUUGUAUGAAGCGUCAGAUGAAGAAGCUUUGGAUCAUACAUAACAUAUUGCAUUAGCUAUCUUGUCUAGUUAGUAGUUAUCAACCUCAUUUCUUUCAAGAGUUGAUAUUUCCAUCAUAUAUACAAGCUACAUACACUCAUUCUAGGUGCUAGGUAAAAUACAAGGCAUUCAGGAGCAUAAACUUGAGAAACCAUCAUUUUCUUUUUUCAGUUGUAUUGUUUAAUUGUGCUCAAAUUUUGGUAACAAAGUUCUAUGAAAGACUUUGGAGGUAAUGUUUGAAUUGUA